AUGCCCCCUCUUCGGAGGCAAACACAGCGGUGUGCUUCAAUGGACGCUCCGCUGGACCGCGGGAUUGAGGACUGCGGGACCUGCUUGGUCCCGGAGCCCGAGCCCGGUUCGACACGAGCCCAACGGGGCCGGAACUCGCUUAGCUCGAUCUCCGUAGUCUCCCUAGUUCAGCCGAAGGGGACGGCUGCCCUCCCCCGCCUAGGGCGCCCGGACCACACCUGGGUUCUUGCAGAGGGCCCGGUGUACCGGACUCGGCGAGGCGCGCCUUUGCAGCUCGUCAGUGGAGACACGGAGUGUUUUUUUACUCGUGGCCGUCCUCGCGGGCGCAUCAGUCGGGCCGAGCGCGGAGCAGCACGAGGCGGCGGCGGGGUGCGAGCCGAGGAGUGCCUCUGUGGGCGCGCGCCGGAGACCCGGCGCAGGAAGUUUGGCCUCGGGCCCCAGCACCGGCGAGAAGGAAGACCUCUGUCCUGGGCUUGCCCGCGACGGCGCGGGGACGCAGCUCGGCCUGGGUGUGGGCCCCGAGACUGGCAGAAAUCUGGGGAGGGGACGAGAGCGAGUGUGUGCCCGCGCGGCAGUGAGGAAGGUUUUCUACAGGGUGCUUCCCCAAAGGCGUCGCCGGGGGGCUCCCCGAAGGGGUCCCCUGCACCCGCGCUGGCCCGGCCAGGGACCCCACUGCCCUCCGCACAGGCCCCGAGGGUAGAUCUGCAAGGCGCCGAGCUCUGGAAGCGCUUUCACGAGAUCGGCACGGAGAUGAUCAUCACCAAGGCGGGAAGGCGCAUGUUUCCAGCCAUGAGAGUGAAGAUGUCAGGGUUAGACCCUCACCAGCAAUACUACAUAGCUAUGGAUAUUGUGCCAGUGGACAACAAGAGAUAUAGGUACGUUUACCACAGCUCUAAGUGGAUGGUGGCAGGCAAUGCCGACUCCCCGGUGCCACCUCGGGUGUAUAUUCAUCCAGACUCGCCGGCCUCAGGGGAGACUUGGAUGAGACAAGUGAUAAGCUUUGACAAGUUGAAGCUCACAAACAAUGAACUGGAUGACCAAGGCCACAUUAUCCUUCACUCUAUGCACAAAUACCAGCCUCGAGUGCACGUCAUACGUAAAGAUUGUGGAGAUGAUCUGUCGCCCGUCAAGCCUGUUCCAUGUGGGGAGGGAGUGAAGGCGUUCUCCUUUCCAGAGACGGUCUUUACAACUGUCACUGCCUAUCAGAAUCAGCAGAUUACUCGCCUAAAGAUAGAUCGAAAUCCAUUUGCCAAAGGCUUUCGAGACUCUGGGCGUAACAGAAUGGGCUUGGAAGCCUUGGUGGAGUCAUAUGCGUUCUGGCGCCCUUCAUUACGCACUCUUACCUUCGAAGAUAUCCCUGGGAUCCCCAAACAAGGAAAUACAAGUUCCUCAACCUUACUGCAAAGUCCUGGGAAUGGCGUGCCUACCACCCACCCUCAUCUCUUGCCUGGCUCCCCUUGCUCCUCUCCCGCCUUCCACCUGGGGCCCAAUACCAGCCAGCUGUGCAGCCUGGCCCCGGCUGACUACUCGGCCUGUGCCCGCUCAGGCCUGACCCUCAACCGGUACAGCACAUCCUUGGCUGAAACCUACAACAGGCUCACCAGCCAGACCAGCGAGACCUUUGCCCCACCCAGGACUCCCUCCUAUGUGGGUGUAAGCAGCAGUGCCUCUGUGAACAUGUCCAUGGGUGGCAGUGAUGGUGACACCUUCAGCUGCCCGCAGACCAGCUUGUCCAUGCAAAUUUCAGGGAUGUCCCCCCAGCUCCAAUAUAUCAUGCCUUCACCAUCCAGCAAUGCCUUUGCCACUAACCAGACCCACCAGGGCUCCUAUAACACAUUCAGGUUACACAGCCCCUGUGCCUUGUAUGGAUAUAAUUUCUCCACAUCCCCCAAACUGGCUGCCAGUCCUGAGAAAAUUGUUUCUUCUCAAGGGAGUUUCUUGGGGUCCUCACCGAGUGGAACCCUGACGGAUCGGCAGAUGUUGCCCCCCGUGGAAGGCGUGCACUUGCUGAGCAGCGGGGCUCAGCAGAAUUUCUUUGACUCGAGGACCCUCGGAAGCUUAACUCUGUCGUCAUCUCAAGUGUCUGCACAUAUGGUGUAAUGAAGUCUAUGUUCAGCUACAUUUGAAUUUGUCUAACGGACGUUCUUCUUUUUCUUAUUUUGCAAUAUGGAGGAAAUGAUCUGUAGCUGGUAACGUGUACACGUAGCAAUAGGAAAUGCAGGCUCAUUGAAUCGUUUGACUUUCAUGGUGAGGUUGUAAUUUUCUAUUGGUAUAUAUAGUUGUACAUACAUGGUACAUGGAAUUUUACAGCGUCCAAAAUGACACCCUCCCUCUCUGUCCCCUAGUUCAUCCAGUUGCACAGAAGGUUGGGUGGGGUGGAGUGGGGGUGUUGUAUGUUUAGCCAGUGUUCUCAGACACCUUUUAAAACCAAAUGAUGAACUUAAAACCUUGCCUCUGAUACUAACCAGACUAGGGCUUGUAACUUAAUUUAUAAGAACAAUGCUUUAAAAGGUUUCAUACUUCAGUGUUGAUAACCCGCAGUAACCAGCAGAGUGUCUCGUGAUUUCUGUUAUUCUUGGACACAGUAAGUGUGAGAGCCUUAAAUGCAAAAGCCAGUUGAUGUUCUUGGUGUUAGAUCUGAGGAAUUUACAAUCAUGGUUUCAUUUUUGUGUUCCUGCUUCUUCUUAUGUACCACAGUUAUACUAUGACUUUGGGUGGGUAAGAAUUCAUAACUCAUAAUAAUUGUUGUUAUUUUCUUAGGAAAGGUGAAAGAGAAACUUGUGAUUAUUCCUCUGACUUCUCAUUGGGCAUAUAAAAGGCACUUACUCAUCUGCAGAGGAUAAUUCCCAGUAUUUUGAUGUGUCUUCUCAUUAUUAUUUAGUUUAUCAAAUAGACCAUUAAAGAAUGUCUUCUAUAAAUAUUAUUGAAUUCCAAUUUUCAAAAAUGACUGGAAUGGUAAAGUGAAAAUAAAUCCACCUCAAAUUCUUUUAUUCCAAUGAGAAAUUUCUAUCUUAUAAAUCAACAAGAACCAUAUCGACAUCUAUACCAUCCAUUCUUCCAUUUAGGAGCUUUUGUCCAUGUUGUUUUGAGGUUCCUGAUUCAUGGUCUCUAAGUAAGGAAAAAGACAUUUAUGCUUCUAUUUAUGUCCCAUAACUCCUACAAUGUGAGAUGUCCCCUCUCCUUAACUCUACCCCUCUGUCUGAGUCUUCUCACAUCAGAUACACCCUAGUCCUUUAUGGUGUUAAAUCACACUGUAAGGCAUUUUAGAGGGUUAUCUUCAGCAAUCUGUCUUUUGGGGGUUGUAGUACAAAGGCCAAUGGCCAUUAACAUAAAGGUGUUUUUAGAGGAGUAAGAGGAAAGAUACUAAUUAUGAUAAAGGAACUAUAACAUUUUAGAACUCAGCAGCAUUUUUAGCUUCAAAAUCAGAGAGAGAAAACUAGCAUUCACUUUUUAAAAAGCCUUUGAAUCAUGUAUAAAUGGUUUGAGCACAUUAUGGGAUGAAUAGAAAAAGCUAAGAAUAAGUAAUGAGGAGCCUCAUCUUACUUCUGUAGAAAAGUAAAAUAGUGUGGCUGCCCAUCAACUCAUGAGAGUUCAUGUAUUUACCAAGGCAAGAGGACCUGAUUCCCAUUCAUUACUAAGCUGAAAUGCUUUAACUCAUCCUUAGUAGGGAUGGCUAAAGGGCUUAGCUUCUGAUUUGACUUUUUUACCUUAAAACUGUGUAACUGUUAGGUAUUUAUGGAGGCUCUACUGUUUGAACAGAAUUUGCAUAGCAUGUGAUUCACAUUCAUAGAUAUUGAAAAAUUUCCUCUUGGGUUCUUCAGCAGUCCAUCAAAUUAGUAUUGAUUUUCCAUUACAAUUAGCAGCAGGGGAAGUGAGUCAUUUGGAACCGGCCGGUCUAUGUGAGGUGCUUGUGUACAGUGUUAAUCACUUGACAAAUUCCGAAUAAGGCUUUGAGAAUGAGAAGAGUCCUCAUGAGUUCAUCUCAACCUUCACGUUUGAUAUCUUUCAAAGAACAAGAGAGUUUUCCAUAUGGAGAGAACAUGGAAAGUAAUGAUUUAUAUCCAUUUAUACUAAUAAGCAAAACAUUUUUCAUUUUUGCAGUUGAUAAUUUGAGAUGAUACCACCUUAUAAUUUUUUUUAAUAUUUUGGGUAAAAUCUAGCAAUAUUGUACAAAUGUUAUUUCCUUAGGGAUUUACUGUAAAUAAAAAUCACCAUGUCAUUUCAAAGACUAGGCUUUUAUUGCAUUAAAUGACAUAUAUGCAUUGAUUAUUGUAAUUAUAUAUCUGUAUUUUAUUAAAAAGUACUUAAGAAGUUA